AUGAUCGGUAACUCAAAUGACUAUCAGACUAGCAACAUGGACGGAAAAAAUGAGAAAAAAGCAUUGCUUCCAUCGCUCAUGAUGACUCCAUACGAGUCCAAUCAAGCGAAGGCUUUUUGUUCUCUGUCGCAGGACUCGUCGCAGGUCAACUCGUCAUUCAGACAGAACCAGUUGUGGAACAAUUCUGUUGCUUCUCUGAUUUCCAACGCAGAGAACAGUGGCUAUUCUGGUGCUGAUUCACAAUUCCAGUUGCCCGACUUUAUCAACCACCAGCUCUACCAUCCCACGCCUGUGAAACAUUCCAUGCAAAACAAUUUAUCGAGGCUUCAGGAUAUGAGGGCUGGUGAGAGCGGCGCAAUUGAACCAAACACUAUUUCUUCCUCUUUCAGUAACUAUGACACGGAUUACUUUACUCCUGAGACGAUGGACAAAUUGACUUUGAACGACCCGUUCAAGACAAAGAUGACAUUAGCUACUGAGAACGCCGCAUCUCAGUCUGAAUCUAACUAUUCUCAGAAGAAAAGAUAUACUGUCAACUCCAGCACCGGGAAUUACGCUCCCUUCAAUGAUGCUAGAGGCAGAGCCAUCGAGACGAAGCAACCUCUCAUUUCUCAAUACGCUGCCAGAAAUCCUUCUCAUGGUAACUUUGGAUACACUUCUCAGGGUGCUCUCUCUCAAGGACCUGCCUCUCAGGGCACAGCAUCGAGUCGCAACAACGCUCACAGUAUGGUGUCGCCACAUCUGCUGCAAUACCAAACGAGUCACACUUCCAUGCGGUCUGCCGAUGAGGACAGCUUAGAGGCCAUGAAAAUAGAACUCUUGUUUAAGGAGCAAGUUAACAAGACCUUGAACGGAAAGUUGUCUGAGUUGAAGACAAGCUACGACAAGUUGAAGUCUGCAAAUGACUCCUCCCACAAUGACCAGGUGCAGAUGCCAACAAACUUUCAUCACUUGUUUAAAGAUCUCACACGCACCUUAAAUGAAAGAACCUUGGAGUUAGACGAGACAAAGGCCAGGUUGGAGGCCGUGCUCGUUGGUCUUGUCAUGAGCAAGGACAAGACCAUCACUGACCAUGGCUCCUUCGAUGCUCAGGAGUUGGCCCACCGUAUCACAAACAAGAUGAACGUGUUGAGUUGUGAGAACAAGGCUCUUUUAAACAUGGUCAGCUUUAGCAACAAGCAGAGCUUGAUGGUCGAGCUUGGUUUGUUGCGCAACGAAAAUAAGGCCUUGAAGGAGAAGUUGAAGGAGUCCUCUCAGAAGAAUCAGGCUAUUAACUGA